AUCGCGAGCGAGGCAUGAAAGCUUAACAAAAUUAUUGUUAAUUUAUACAGAGUUCCCGGCAAACUGACAUUUAUCUACGGCUGCCACAAAAAUCGCAAUCAAAUUCUGUGGAGCAGAUCGUCAAGGGGCGAUCGAAUCGAUCGUUCAGUUAAGCAACGGCAGUGCUUGUGGCAAGAAGCGAACCUCGCAGUGGAACACCAGAGACGGAAAACAUUGGAAAAUAUCAAAAAAGUGGCCACCAAUUGAAUUAUUUAUAGAAAAAACUAUCAGCAGCUGACAUUUGAGUGAAUUUGUUUGUGGUGUGAACUAGAAAAAUGACUACAAAAUUCACAAUUAAUGGACAGCCGUACACGGUGAAUCUGACAAAUCUGCCCCCAGACAUCACUCUCAAUACCUUCAUUCGGGAGCAUGCCCAACUGACGGCCACGAAGUUCAUGUGCCAGGAGGGAGGAUGUGGGGCCUGUGUUUGCGUAGUCCGCAAUGGAACCCGCAGCUGGGCCGUCAAUUCGUGCCUCACGCUUCUGAAUACCUGCGCCCAGCUGGAGAUCGUCACUGCCGAGGGGUUGGGCAAUCAACGCACUGGCUAUAACCCCAUUCAGAAGCGUCUGGCCAAGAUGAAUGGCACCCAGUGCGGAUACUGCUCCCCGGGAUUCGUGAUGAAUAUGUACGGUCUGCUGGAGCAGCAUGACGGCAAGGUGAGCAUGGCGGAGGUGGAGAACUCCUUCGGUGGCAACAUUUGUCGCUGCACCGGCUACCGUCCCAUUCUGGAUGCCAUGAAGUCCUUUGCGGUGGACAGCGAUAUCCAGGUUCCCGCCGAAUGUGCGGAUAUCGAGGAUCUGAGCCUGGAGGCCCUCAACUGUCCCAAGACGGGGCAGCCCUGUAGCGGCAGCUGUCAUCGUUCCACUUUGGUCUAUGAGGACGGGAGCCAGUGGCACUGGCCCAAGACCUUGAAUGAGCUGUUUGAGGCCCUGGACAAGAUCGGAGAGGCAGAUCAAUUCAUGCUGGUGGCUGGCAACACGGCGCAUGGUGUCUACAGACGAUCGACGGAUAUCAAGCACUUCAUCGAUGUGAGUGGAGUGGAGGAGCUGCAUGGGCACAGCACUGAGGGGCAGCAGCUAAAGCUGGGCGCGAACCUCAGUCUGACGCAGACCAUGGACAUCCUUAUUACGACGGCCAAGCAGCCCGGCUUUGAGUAUCUGGAGGUUCUAUGGAACCAUUUGGAUCUCAUUGCGAAUGUCCCCGUGCGCAAUUCGGGGACUUUGGCUGGAAACAUCUCUAUUAAGAAACAGCAUCCCGAGUUCCCAUCGGAUGUCUUUCUGUCCUUCGAGGCUUUGGAUGCAAAGGUUCUGGCAAUGAAAAGUGCCACUGAGGAGCAGGAAAUUACCCUUGCCGAAUACUUGGGCGCAACCGAUAGAAAGCUUGUGGUGAAAGCAUUCCUCCUGCCUGCCUAUCCCAAGGAUAAGUUUAUAUACGAGUCCUACAAAAUCAUGCCACGGGCCCAGAAUGCCCAUGCCUAUGUCAAUGCCGCUUUUCUUCUCGAGUUGGAAAACGGUUCAAAGGUGAAGAAUGCCAGGAUUUGCUUUGGUGGCAUCCGACCCGACUUUGUCCACGCCACCGCCAUUGAGCAGUUGAUGGUGGGACACAGUCCCUACGAGAGUGGACUCAUAGAACAGACGUUUGAUUCGCUACCAAGUGUUUUCAAUCCAGACGAGGUCCUGCCUGAUGCCAGUCCUGCCUAUCGCUCGAAAUUGGCCUGCGGAUUACUCUACAAGUUUUUUCUGAAGCACGCCCCACCUGCAGAGGUCGCGGAGAAUUUCAAGAGUGGAGGUCAGAUUCUUCAGCGCCCAUUAUCAUCGGGUCUGCAGGUGUACCAGACCCAGAAGCAGAACUAUCCCGUAACCCAGGCCGUGCAGAAGGUAGAGGGCAUGAUCCAGUGCUCGGGGGAAGCUACCUACAUGAACGAUGUGCUGACCCCGUCCAACACCGUAUACUGCGCCUUCGUAGGAGCUACUAAGGUGGGAGCCACCAUCGAUGCAAUCGAUAGCAAGGAGGCCUGCAAGCAACCUGGAGUGAUUGCCUUCUACAGUGCCAAAGAUGUGCCUGGGACAAACACCUUCUGUGAGCCGAGCUUUGGCUACCAGGUAGAGGAGAUCUUCUGCUCCGGACUGGUGCGUCACUCGGAACAACCGGCGGGAGUGAUCGUAGCCCUCACUGCCGAUCAAGCUCAGCGGGCGGCAAAGCUGGUGAAGAUCACCUACACUCAGGCGACCUCCGACUUCAAAUUGAUAACCAGCAUUGGGGAUGUCUUUGCUUCGGAAACACCGGAUCCGUCACGCAUCAUUGCUGUGUCCAAAUCGAAGCUGAAGGAAGUGACUUUCUCCGACACUCCCGAUUUGGAAGUUAGAGGCAUAUUGCAGAUAGGCCUGCAGUAUCACUUCACCAUGGAGCCGCAAACGACGGUGGUCAUUCCUUUUGAGGAUGGCCUGAAGGUCUUCUCGGCCACCCAGUGGAUGGACCACACUCAGGCUGUCAUUGCAAACAUGCUGCAAGUGAAGGCCAAGGAUGUUCAGUUACAGGUUCGGCGAUUGGGCGGUGGCUAUGGCUCGAAGAUCACCCGCGGGAAUCAGGUGGCCUGCGCCGCUUCCUUGGCUGCCUAUAAGCUGAAUCGUCCUGUUCGCUUUGUUCAGACUCUGGAGUCCAUGAUGGACUGUAAUGGCAAGCGCUGGGCCUGUCGCUCUGACUAUCAGUGUCACGUGAAGGCCAACGGCAAGAUUGUCGGCUUGUCGAAUGAUUUCUACGAAGAUGCUGGUUGGGUAAAUAACGAGAGUCCCAUCGAUAUGCACUCAACCUUGACUGCGACCAAUUGUUACGACUUUACUGGCGUCAACUUCAAGAACAAUGGCAACGCGGUGAUCACAGAUGCUCCCAGUUCUACUUGGUGUCGGGCGCCGGGAUCGGUGGAGGGCAUUGCCAUGAUGGAGAAUAUUAUUGAACAUGUUGCUUUUGAGGUCCAGAGCGAUCCGGCAGCUGUGCGACUCCUCAACAUAGCCUCAACCCACAAGUUGUCUGAAUUGUUGCCGCAGUUCCUCGAGUCGCGGGAAUAUUAUGAGAGGAAGAAAGAGAUCGAGGCGCACAAUUCCGAGAACCGCUGGAUGAAGCGCGGCCUGGGCCUAGCCGUGAUGGACUAUCCCAUUUUCUACUUUGGUCAGUACCCCGCUACCGUGGCCAUCUAUCAUGUGGAUGGAACAGUUGUGGUUACCCACGGAGGCAUCGAAAUGGGGCAAGGAAUGAACACAAAGGUGGCUCAGGUGGCUGCCUACACCCUGGGCAUCGAUUUGAGCUUCAUCAAGGUAGAAUCUUCGGACACCAUCAAUGGCGCCAACUCAAUGGUCACUGGCGGAGCCGUCGGCAGCGAGAGUCUCUGCUUUGCAGUUCGCAAAACCUGCGAGAUCCUCAACACCAGACUGCAGCCGGUGAAGAAGAGCGGCGACAGUUGGGUUAAGACCGUGGGCGCUGCCUAUGACAAAUCCGUCAACCUGAUUGCCUCCGAUCACUACAAAGCGGGUGACAUGGAGAACUACCAUGUGUACGGCAUGGCACUCACCGAAAUCGAGUUGGAUGUCCUCACCGGCAACAAUCAAAUCAAGCGCGUGGAUAUCCUCGAGGAUGCUGGCGAAAGUCUCAGUCCAUUUAUCGACAUUGGCCAGGUCGAGGGCGCCUUUGUCAUGUGCCUGGGCUACUGGCUCAGCGAACAGUUGGUCUACGAUCGCGAAACGGGCCGCCUGGUCACCAACCGCACGUGGAACUACAAGCCGCCCGGCGCCAAGGAUAUUCCCAUUGAUUUUCGCAUCGAAUUGGCCCAGAAACCCAAUCCCAAUGGGCCGGGCUUUAUGCGUUCCAAGGCCACUGGAGAGCCGCCUUGCUGCCUGGCUGUCAGUGUGGUGUUUGCCCUCCAACAGGCCCUGCAAUCGGCCCGACAUGAUGCAGGGCUGCCGCGCGAGUGGGUGCGUCUGGGAGCACCCACUACGCCCGAGACUUUGGUGCUGAAUGCGGGUCAUGAGGCGACGAGCUUUAGGCUUAAGUAGAUUCUAAUUUCGAAUGGGUUUUGGUAUUUCUUUUAAGAUAUAAGUUAACAAAUAUUAUCCAAAUUGGCCACUUCUGUAAGAUCGCUGAGUAGGCAGAUUCACUGACCGUGGGAGCGCGGCCGCCGAGACCGCCAGAUGCCGGCCUGCAUCGGACACCAGACCCGAAGCGCAAUGUCAGCGUUUCUGCUUCACUUUCUAAACUUAUUUUUACUUAUAUUCCAAAUAUACCUACUAUGCGUUUA